AAUGCGCGGUCCCACCAUUCAAUUCAACGACAAAGUAGGAAAUAUUUUCCACUCCUGAUAUCAAAUAUUUUUGCACUUUUAUAAGCGUCGCCAGGCAAUUUUUUUAUCCGCGUCUUUGCCGUUUUUACAGCCAAUAAAACCAACGACCUUGCCCAGUGCGUGUGCCUUCGUCACCAGUGGAAAAACAUUACGUAGGGGCGCAGGACGGAAGAAAGCAGGAAAAGAAAAGAUCUAUAAAUAUUUUUAAUCGCCGUGAAAGUAGCCAGCAGAUUUUAGUUGCAAAAUAUUAUUUCAUUUGCGGUGCGAGGACACAGUAAUCUGCGAAAAUGGUCUUGAAAGUCUACGUCAGCGGCAUGUCCGGCAAUAAGGAGGUGAAGAAGCGCCAGCAGCGCGUUCUGAUGAUCCUGGACAGCAAGAACAUCAAGUACGACACGGUGGACAUCACGGAGCCCGGCAAGGAAUCCGAGAAGGAGCUGAUGCAAAACAAAUCGACAAGCAACGGUGGAACGGUCAGCGAUCCAGAGCCCCGUCAUCCGCUUCCUCCGCAGCUGUUCAACGACGACGAGUACUGCGGUGAUUACGACGCCUUUGACAUGGCCAACGAGAUCGAUACCCUGGAGGUGUUCCUCAAGCUGGCUCCAGCCGACACCACGGCAGUUAGUACCGCCCAAAUCGAACUGAAGCAGGAGAACGGCGAUGCCAAGAAGGAGGAGGCGGAAACGGAGGCGGAGGAUAAGAAAACGGAGGCCGGCGAUGGCGAUGUGGAUGUCAAGGAGGAGGCUGCUGAGAAGGCCGAGAACGAAGACGGCAAGGACAAGGAGAAUUCAAAGGGCGAGGAUGAAGACGCAGAUGAAGAGAAUGCCGAGCAAAAGACUGAAACCGAAGAAUCUGGGGACAAGAAAACGGAGGAGAAAACUACAGACGCUGAAGGUGAGACCCAAGAAAAGUCUGAGGAAGUGGAUACCAAGGAAAAAUCAGAGGUUGAGAGUACCAAAGAUGAUGAGGUUGGAAAAUCCGAGGAUGUUAAAGAUGAUGAGGAUGAAAAAUCCGAGAUUGUAAAAGAUGAUAAGGAAAACUCCCAGGAUGUUAAGGAUGAUAAAACUGAAAAAUCCGAGGAUGUUAAAGAUAAAUUAGAGGGAAGUGAGGAGACCGCAGAAACAUCGGAGGAUGCUGACACUACUGAGAAACCAGAUGUUGAGGCCACCAAUGAUGAUGGGGAUACAAAAUCGGAGAAAAACGAGACGCAAGAAAAGUCCGAGGAAGUUGAUGCCGUUGAAGAAUCAGAGGCCGAAAGCUCCAAGGAAAAAACGGAGGAAAAUGACACCAAAGGCACCAAAGUCAAUGAGAAUGAUAAAGACGAGGAUGUUGAAGAAAAGACCGAGGAAAAUGCAACAGAAGAGUCCGCGGACUCGGAUAGUGCUACCAAAUCAGAGGUUAAAAGUACCGAAGAUGAUGAGGUUGUAGAAUCGGAGGAUGUGAAAGAUGAAUUCGAAGAAAAUGAGACCAACAAAAAGGUCGAGGAAGUUGGUAGUACUGAAAUAUCCGAGGUUGUAAGUACGGAAAACGAAAAAUUUGAAGAUAUUAAAGAAAAUCCUAAUGAAAAUGAGGCUCAAGAAAAGCCCGAAGAAGUUAUGACUGCCGAAAGAUCUGUAGAGGAAACCAAAGAGGAAGAACCAAUCGACGAGGAAAAACCUGCAGAAACGAAGACAGAAGACACGCCCGAAAAUGAAGAAAGCAAACCGGAUGGCGAGAAUUCCUCUUCCGAAGAAAGCGAAGAAGAGUAAAAGAAAAUCGAUUGAACGACAACAAAAAACGCACUGACAUCCGCAUCACAAACACCAAUGCACAAAACGCACACAUACACACACACGCACAUAAAAAAACGCACAUUUAGCCAAAUAAUACCAAAAAUGUUUUGUAAAUAGAAACAAGAACCCACUAAUAACGAGUCUGGUGACGGUUACCAGCGACCACAACAACAACAGCAGCAUCAGCUAAGAAGACUUCAGAUUCCCAAUCGGAUCUCUUAUUGGACAGCGAGCGGGCAGCGGCUGCGCAGUAGGCGUCGACGUCAGCGCAGACAGAGGCAGCGCCAACUUUGAUUUAAAUUAUUUUUAUGAUUUCCACAAACUAUUCGGGCUUGUUGCAAUUCUCACUUGUUUUUGCUGAUUUAUUAUUUUAUGUGUCGAUACUCUAACAAUGAUACAACCGUUUUUUAUUUAUUACAAAAUUAAUUUACUUUUGCGCUAAAAUAUAUUCAAAUUCUAAAAGCUGUAAGCAAUUAGUUUAUCCAAAGGCUUAGCAAAAAUGUAAUAAAAAAAAAAACUUAAAAAUUGCU